AAUGAAAAAAGAAUAUGAUUUUGAAAUUGGAAAUCUCCGCGAAAUGUUUAACAAUGUUGUUUCUAAAUUAAACAGUACGGACAUGACAUUACGUUCAGAAAUUAACGCAAUCAAAAAUGAAACAAUGGAAAACUUCAGCGCUUCAAAGAAGCUGCUUCAUGACAGCUAUGUUGUCUGUCGAAAAGAGAUAAAUCAAACGCGUUCUUUUUACAACGCUGAGUUCAUGCGUGUAAAUGAGUCAUUGACGAACCGUCUGAAUGCACUAGAUCUGAUAACAUCAGAUAUUGCCAAUCUGAAAGUGUCGAAUGAAAUCUUGACGAACAGUUAUAAUGUAAUUCAACGCCUUUAUCCAGAUUCAUGUGAAACAAUGGAAAAGAGUGGCGAAUACAAAAUUUACCCCAGUUCCCACCCGAACGGCAUCAAUGUAUUUUGUUAUAAAGACUCCACAAAUAGGGGAUGGAUAGUAAUACAGAGGAGAGCAGACGGUUCUGUAAAUUUCAACCGCACUUGGGCCGAUUACAAAGACGGUUUCGGCAACUUGAGUAGUGAUUUCUGGUUAGGAAAUGAACAUAUAUACCAGCUGACGAAGAACAAAAAAAGAGAACUGAGGAUCGAUAUGGAGACGUUCGAUGGAAAUAAGACAUAUGCGCUGUAUUCGAUGUUCAAUAUUUCAUCUGAGUCUGAGAAGUAUAAGCUCCAUGUGGCCGGGUAUUCUGGUGACGCAGGAAAUGGUUUAGCUACGAAGGUUUAUGGUAAUUCCGAGAUGCACAAUGGUCACUCGUUUUCAACUUUCGAUGCAGAUAAUGACUUGGCUACUCAUACCUGUUGUUCAUGCCAUUAUGGUGGCGGCUGGUGGUUUACCAGCUGUUUCAACAGCAAUCUGAACGCUGAAUACUUCAAGAAAAAGACACAAACAUGGUAUGGAGUUACUUGGCAACUUGAUGGAAGAUGGCCGAUAUCUUUGAAAUUUGUCGCAAUGAAAGUACGCUAA